UUGUGGGAGGGGGAAGCAGAGCUUAUCCAACCAGAACUUGUCUGCAUACCGCAUGCUUGAUUAUCUGUUUUUCCCCCUCCUUCAGCAUGUAAAUCCACCACAAAGGAGCUGAAGUUCAAAUAGGGCUGUUUUAGCCUCGCUUGAAAUGAUGGAUUCGGAGCUUUACAACUGAAAUGCAGGAGAGCUGGAGUUCCUGAAAAGCAAGUCACUGCUGCAGCCUAUUGUCCCUAAGGGUCUAUAGUAUGUGGACCAACGGAUAAUAAGAUUCAGCAAUCAAGUUAAAGGGACGAGAGUAAACAAUAAGGAACUAACCAGACUGCAAUAACCUUAUGAUUUUAUUCUUCAAAGUACUGUACUAAAUGCAUUAACCUUUACUGCAAACAAAUCUAGGUAACCUUAAUUGCUGAUGAAUUUAUUUAUUUUGGUGCAAUCAGUGAUGUCACUAUUUCUGUGGGUGAGCCAACAACUGAAUCUUUGAUUUUUUUUUUAAAAAAAACAACAACUUUAAAGCUUGAAGAAAGAAGUCCCAAGGAAACAGGAUCCAAAGGUUCAUUUAUAGAAAACAUCUCAGAAACAAAAAGCCAUGAAGGCGGCAGUCUGCUUGUUGUUAAUGACUGCAUUGGGCAUGAAAGCCACCAUCACUCCAGAUUCUGAGAGCAGAGAUGCAGGAGAAGAACAGGAAUUCAUUUACACUAACAGGUAUAAGCGCUCCAGUGACACCCAAGACAAGUGCACCUAUACCUUCAUUGUACCUCAACAGAAGGUGACAGGUGCCAUUUGUGUUAAUUCAAAAGAACCAGAGGUUGUACUUGAAAACAGGGUAAAUAAGCAGGAGAUAGAACUGCUGAACAAUGAACUGCUUAAGCAAAAGAGGCAGAUAGAAACCCUUCAGCAAUUGGUGGAGGUAGAUGGAGGAAUUGUUAAUGAAGUAAAGCUCUUACGAAAAGAGAGUCGCAAUAUGAAUUCACGGGUCACCCAACUCUACAUGCAGCUAUUGCACGAAAUCAUCCGAAAACGGGACAAUGCUUUAGAACUUUCUCAACUGGAAAACAAGAUACUGAAUCAAACUGCUGACAUGCUGCAGCUUGCGAACAAAUACAAGGACUUGGAGCACAAGUAUCAACAUCUGGUAACCAUUGCCAACAACCAGUCAAUAAUUAUUUCACAGCUAGAAGAGCACUGCCAGAGGACACCAUCCAUGAAACCAAUCCCACAACCGCCACAACCACCAAAUCGAGUUUACCAACCUCCCAAUUAUAACCGUAUUAUUAAUCAAAUAUCUACUAAUGAAAUUCAAAGUGAUCAGAAUUUAAAGGUUCUUCCACCCACACUCCCAACAAUGCCACCAGUUACUAGUAUUCCAACUUCAACUGAUAAGCCAUCAGGUCCUUGGAGAGACUGUCUGCAGGCUUUGGAAGAUGGCCAUGAUACCAGUUCAAUAUACCUUGUGAAGCCUGAAAAUACAAACCGUCUGAUGCAAGUCUGGUGUGACCAACGGCAUGAUCCUGGUGGCUGGACAGUAAUUCAAAGACGUCUAGAUGGAUCUGUCAACUUUUUCAGGAACUGGGAAACUUACAAGCAAGGGUUUGGUAACAUAGAUGGAGAGUACUGGUUGGGCUUAGAAAAUAUUUACUGGUUGACCAAUCAAGGCAACUACAAAUUGCUAAUAACCAUGGAAGACUGGUCAGGUCGUAAAGUAUUUGCUGAAUAUGCCAGUUUCCGACUGGAGCCAGAAAGUGAAUACUACAAGUUACGUCUGGGCCGAUACAAUGGUAAUGCUGGAGAUUCCUUCACGUGGCACAAUGGGAAACAAUUCACUACACUGGACAGAGAUCAUGACGUAUAUACAGGUAACUGUGCUCAUUACCAGAAAGGUGGAUGGUGGUACAAUGCAUGUGCACACUCCAACCUUAAUGGUGUGUGGUACCGAGGCGGACACUACCGAAGUCGAUACCAAGAUGGCGUCUAUUGGGCUGAAUUCCGAGGGGGUUCAUAUUCACUGAAGAAAGUUGUCAUGAUGAUUAGGCCUAACCCAAACACUUUCCACUGAAGGCAAUUCUCCUCAUGCCUUUAGUGUGAGGCAUCAAGAUGAAAACCUACAACAUUUGGAUGUGCUAUACAGAACACAUCUUCUCAGCAGCAAAGAAUGUAAUAUAUUGUACAUUGACAGCUAUUAACUGGAGGACUUGUAUAUUGUAUUUUUGAAGAAUUGUUCCAGACCAAAAUGGCAAGAAACACCUCUCUUUGUAUUAAAAGUUUUUCUUUUUAAAAACUGUCAGAUAAAAUGGACUGUAGAUAAACUGAGAUGCUAAAAAUACUGUCACAUCAACUAAAUAUUUCUGUAUGUUAUAUACACAUUUUCAAAUACUGGACAUAUUAAAAACUGUACAGCAAGACUUCUUGAUAUAAUAAAUUCAUUCGACACAGGAAAUUAUAUCCUCUGAAAUGAUGUAGCCAGUACAGCACCAUAGAAAGGUAGUAUGAUUGUUCCUUGUUAGCUGUUAAGAAGUGUCUGCUUUGAAGAAUCCACAUAGUACCUAACACAAAUAAAGCCCCACUAUUUCUCAGAGCUCAAGGAAAUAUUAAAACUCAAUAAAUUAAUAAUUUCACACAAUUUACUUUUAUCUCUUUCUGUUAAUUCACUUCCCAUUAUCUGUAAACUGAUCAAGCAGGUGUGUUUCAAAAAUUUCAAAAGAAACCUUGAUUUUAUUUGGAGAGGGACUGUGGUUCAGUGGAAGAGCCUCUGCUUGUCAUGCAGAAAGUCCCAGGUUCAAUCCCUGGAAUCUCCAGAUAAACAGAUCAGAUAGAAAGUGAUGGGAAAGAUCUCUGCCUGAGACCCUGAAGAGCCACUGCCAGCCUGAAUAAUGACCUUGAUGGAUCAAUGGUCUGAUUCAAUAUAAUGUUCAACAUGAAUACCUUUGUCAUAUAAAUCACAACUUACAGGUUUCAAGCUAUUUUGUACCCCAAGAGUCAUUACCAGCACUGUAGUUACAGCAAUAGCAAAAAGAGCUAUCCAGCUUUGCAGGCCAAUGAUGGAUAUAGAUAUAUAAAAUAUUUAUACAUACUUACCCAAUAGGUUAUGAUCCUUGGGAGAUACUAUUUGUACUCCAAAACUAUAUUUGUCAUGUUUCAUUAGUAUUGCCAAGUAUAUACAUUAAAAGAGAAUUUUGAGACCAUAUUUAUAACUAAAGUCAAUUGUAGAAACCUGAAUUCCAGUACUCUGCUAAGGCAAGUUUCCAAAACAAAAUUAUUUUAGCACAUUAUAAGAACAGUGAAAACCAUAAAUUCUAAACUUUUAUUACCUCAUUUAUUUCUUUCAUAAUGUAUGAUGUGUGUUAAAGUAUUGAUGUCUGAUGUAGCAUGUCCUGUAUAUAAAUGAAAGUAGGGAUUUUAAUAUAUGAUCAGAUUAUCCUUGUAAUAAUGAACAUGUUUAAUAAAAGCAACAAACACUA